UCGUCACCAUUUACGUUGUUUGUAAAAUGGAGGGAGUUCGAUAUAAAGUGGAAAACUAAAUUGCAAAGAGCAUGCGAAUAAAAAACACAAAGAAAUAAUAGCAUAAGGAGUUAGUCAUAUAAUUUACGUAAAAUCCAAACAUGAAAUCAGACGUGGAAGAGUUGAUGCCCAGGCUUUUGCCAGUAGAGCCCUGCACUGAAGAAGAAUAUGAUGUGAACGAACCACCAAGAAAUCCUCAGGAAUAUCUCAGAUAUGUACAAUUGGAAGCAUCACUUUGCCCUGAUGUCGUGGUAGCACAAAUUGAUCCAAAGAAAUUGAGAAAAAAACAGUCUGUAAACAUUUCUUUCACAGGUUGCCGGGCUGCGCCCCAGGGUUUUUCACCCAGCCUGAAAUGGCAACAGCAGCAAGUCAGCAGCUUCUCCGAAGUGAGACAGAGUGUCACCAAGAACAGACAACACUGGAAAGUUCAAUUUCUGGAUGACAAUGUUGUCAUGCCCAAACCAGAUGAUGAAGAUGGGUGGAAAAAGUUUUGCCUGGGUGAAAAGGUUUUUUUAAACAUUACAUCAACUGAAAGAGACAUAGGGAACCCAGGACUUGAUUAUGUGAAGAUUGGCUUUCCUCCUUUCCUUAGCAUUAUGAGCAAGCUCAAUCAGUCCACCAUAUCUGCUGUGCUUGAGUACUUGAUCAACUGGUUUGAGGAGAAUGACUUUGUUCCACAGUUGGGCAGAUGGCUGUAUGCAUUACUUGCAUGCCUGGAGAAACCUCUUCUCCCUGAAGCACAUUCACUUAUCAGACAACUGGCAAGGCGAUGCUCUGCAGUACGAGCUAACCUGGAAAAUAAAGAUGAUGAGAGGCUGUCAGCACUUAACUUGAUGAUAUGCAUAGUUGCAAGGUAUUUCGAACAAAAUGAUUUGGCUGACAAAGACUGAAGAAGGAAACCUUUUGUAAAUUACUUUUUUCCCCUGUGCAGUGUGAUCAUAUUUGUAUCACUUUAUAUGGCCCCAAAAAGAUGCUUGUGAUUAUUAUGUUCUAGUCUGAAGAACUCCUUUAAUUAAUGUCUCUUCAUUUUUCCUUCAAUUUGUUUAAUUUUUCCCCAGUGAAAAAUGAUGAAUAUUUGUGAUGACUUGAUGUAAAAGUAUUGAAUGUAUAGUAAAAUAAAAAAUAUUUUAACCAAUAGA